AAAAUCCUUGCGAGAUACAACGAAACUGGGUCCAUUUUUCCGGGCGCAAUCGGUGGCAGCAAACCACGAGUUACUACGCCGAAUGUAGUAAAAAACAUACGGGAGUACAAACAAGGAGACCCGGGAAUUUUUGCAUGGGAGAUCCGGGACCGUCUUCUCGCGGACGGAGUAUGUGACAAGUACAAUGUUCCUUCGGUCAGCUCUAUCAGCCGGAUAUUAAGGAACAAGAUUGGAAACCUCUCCCCGCCUAACCAAUAUGAAAAUGGCAAGCAAGCACCUCCGCAGUCCAGCCUCUCGUACAACCAUAUAUACCCGUAUUCAUACCCCAAUGCAAUGUCUCCCUCCGGGACCAAAAUGAGCAAUCCUCCCGGUGUCCCUGUCACGGGUGGGCAUGUAAGCAUUUCCCGCGGUUGGCCUUCAGCGCACACGGUCAGCAAUAUAUUGGGUAUUCGGGCUUUCAUGGAUCCUUCAGCUAUUGCUAGCGCUGAAGGAUACGCACCAAAA